GAAGUCUCGUGUUCAAAAGGACGAGCGCAGCCAUCUCUACGUACGUAGUCGUAGUUACGCCGCCUGACUCAGGGCGCCUGCGCGGCGGAAGAGGGAGGAACCUUUCUUCCGCAGAGAUUCUGCGCUGACAACAUCUUGGAAGCAGAAGGAAUCAAACCAUCUCUGUACUGAUCUUAAAAUCCAGAGCAAUUGACUUUGCAUCAUGUGCAGAACCCAGGCCUUUGUGUUCCUCUUUCUUCUGGGACUGAAUCUCCCCAAAGCAAAAGGCAACUGUGACUUUCUGGAGUCCCAAAAGCGCUGUGUCUGUUCACUUUUAGAGCAGUCAGCAGUGCAAAACUACCUGCAGUGCCUCCCAGCCACCACAUAUGAGCUUCGAGGAGGAAACUUGGAACGGUUUGCAGGUUUUUUUAAAAUCAAGCCAAGCCCAGAAAUGAUUGACAUUCUGGAGGCCUUGCAAGUAAGCAAGCUGGUCUUUACAGACCUCUUGGUGCCAGAGAUUCUCUUGCCAGCUGCCAUGGAAUUUGUUUUCUACACUCCUAGCAUCUCAGAACUUGAAUUUGUAAACUGCACUUUCCUUCAAACUACCAACUGGGAACACGCAAGUGGGCUGAACCUAAAGGUUUCCUCUUUGCGGCUCCACAGGGUGACUGCUGCUGCCCUGGAUGACAGACUUGACAUGUCCAUCCUGAGAAGAUGGCUGAAGAAUGUGGAGAAUCUGACAGUUACAGAGUCGCAAGUCACAUCCAUCCCUUGCAAAAUUGGCAAGGUGUUCACAACACUGUACUUUCUGGAUGUUUCAGGAAACCAUUUUCAGGACCAGAGCAUAAGCACAUCUUUCUGCCAAGGGGCUUUCCCACAACUCCAGGUAUUAAAACUCCGCCACAACAACCUGACUUCUUAUGAUACUGUGUGCAAGGCUCUUGGUCAGCAAAACAAGCUCACUCACUUAGAUUUAAGUCAGAAUAAUUUCCCACAGCGUCUUUCUUCCUCUUCAUGCAUGUGGCCACAGACACUUCGUGUUUUUAACUUGUCAAACACAGGGUUAGAACACAUAGAUCCAGCAUUGCCACCCAACAUUGAGAUAUUAGAUCUGAGUGCCAAUAAGGUUUGUACCCUUGACCUCUCACUGCUCAGCCUGAAAGAGCUCUAUUUGUCCAACAACAGACUUCAAGCGGUUCCCCCAGUCAAUAGAUUCCCUAAUUUGGAGGUCCUCAGUUUAGAUCAAAACCAGAUCUCACAUCUGUCAAGCAAGGAACUGCUAAAUCUGAAACAUCUGCAGAGCUUAAAAGCUGGACACAAUCUCUAUCAUUGUUCUUGUUCCCAUAUCAGGGAAAUCCAGGACUUGAUAGCCAAACAGUUUCUGCUGCCUGGUUGGCCUCAGGACUACACAUGCAAAUCCCCUCCUGAUUACCAAGACUUCUUGGUAAAAGAUGUGCCUCUUUCAUCACUACAGUGCAACAAAGCUUUGAUCAGACACGGCUCAAUGAUCAUCUUGCUGAUAUCUUGCCUUCAACUGGUUCUUUACAUGUUUCCAGUGUAACCAUUUGCAAAUAUUCCCUUCACUCAGUUCUGAAGUGUUGGUAAUGGUUGAGUUAUUUAUCAUUUAUUGUGGUGUGCAUCAGAAAACUGGGAUUUGGAGUGGAGGUGGUAUUGAACAAUGUUGAGAAAAUGGGUAGAAUUUGUGAAGAAGGGAAUGCUUAGGAUACUCCAUGUUGAGGUAACAACUAUAGCUACAUCUAAAAAUUGUUUUAUUCAAAAAGUUAGAAUUGCUAAGUAGAUGUCAUCUAAUACAGAGCUUUCCAGCAUAAUAUAUAUUUUAAAUCCUAUGCUAAAGGUACCUGAUGUUGCUGUAGAAAGACAGUGAGAAGAAGAGGGUAAAGUGCACCUUUGAUUUUGUUUACAGUUAUUUUUUCUU